CCAUGCUCUAGAUUAUAAUGCAUAUAAAUAGUUCAUCGAUCUUAUGUACCUGUUGGUUAAACACUUCCAACUUAUAUUACAAGUGAUGCAAUCUACAAUGGAAAAACUGAAAAACAAGGCUAGUGCUGCUAAGGAACAAGCUGACAUCUAUAAAGCCAAAAUAGAGGAAAAGGCAGAGAAAGCAAGGGCAAGAACAAAGGAGGAGAAAGUGAUAGCACAUGAGCGUGCAAAAGCUAAGGAAGCUAAAGCAAAAAUGGAGCUACAUGAAGCUAAAGCAGAGCAUGCAGCAGAGAAGCUAAGUGCCAAACAAUCACAUUAUUAUGGUCACAAUGAACCCCCAGUUGGGGUUCAUCAGCCACAAAUGGUAGGAAAUCAACCUCUUGGGUCAAUUCCUAAGCCUGGAACCACUGCUCCAACUUAUCCACUAGGAGGAGGAAACCUUCCACGGAAUAAUCAGAUAUAGCAUAUAUAUGUUUGUGUUUUAAUGUAGAUAGUUCUUUUCAUUUUUUCCCCUGCAGGUUGGAAUUUAUCUAAUCUGGAUUCUUCUAUGUACUUGAGGAUGGUUUGUGUACUGUUAUAGAUUUUGUGUA